UCCCGAAUCUUCCCUUCCGCCUCCCCUCCUUCCCUCUCUCCCCCUCCAUUUCGCCGCGCGCUUGCUGAAGCCAGAUGGCGGGCGCGGGUCCCGGCGAGAAGCCGCCGCGGCCUCCUGCUGGGCUGCCGGCGGCGGCGACCGCGGCGCCCGGCGGCGGCGACACCUCCCUUCUCGGCACAGGCGGGCUGAGUGAUUCGGGGACGGGGAUUCGUGGGGUUGUGGUGAGGAGGGCGCCGCACGAUCGCGUCAUCGGCGAGGAGGAAGAAUCGGGGCGUCCGACGCCGACCGCCUCGGUCACGGGACAGCGCGUGGGCGACGCCGACGAUACCAUCCCUUCUGCGGCGGCGCUGCGCGCCGACACGGCCCGUUUUCUGGCGAACCUCACUGUCGUCGACCAUGCUUCCUCUUCCGCGACGGUCCCCGCGCGCCAGCCCAGCACGGAGGUGGCGCCGACAGCAUCAGAACUGCUCGACCCCAAGUCCAAGGAGUGCCUGCUCGACAUGCGUCCCGACUCGGAGGACCCGCUCUUCACACAGACACAGGUGAGGCCGCGCGGCGACGUCGGCGUGAUCGGCUACAGAAGGCCAGGAAGGGGAGCCGCAGAUGCUCCAGGCGCGGAUUCUGCCGCGACGAUGGCCAUGGUGCCCAGAGCUCUGGGCGCGCAGCUGGAGCGGGCGCCGCAGCCGCACGGCGCACUCCUCCCCUCGCUGUACCAGCCAUCGGGACCAAAGGGGUUCGUGCAACCUGACCGUGACCGCAGGCUCGCCCUCGCCUCCCAUGGGCGCCACAGCAGGGCACCCUCGCCGGCAAACUUGGUCAUGAUAUCGCAAGCUGACGUUGAUCGCGGCUGGGCGGCACUGCAACAGGCGACCAUCGAACGCGACAUGCUCAUCCGCCAGAACCACGACCUUGCUACGGCUCUCCAGGAAGCGGCCGGGCGCACCCAAGGUCUACAGCAAGAAUGUCAGUUCCUCCGCCAAGAGCUGCAACGGCACCAGACGCAGCGCGGCAGCGGCGUGGCCGGCCAGCAUGAGUGCUGGGACUGCUUCUCCAGGCCAGCGGAGGUGGUGGCCGUUCCUUGCCUUCACAAGUGCCUCUGCAAUAGAUGCUACGUCAAGCGCCACACGUGCCCCUACUGCGGCCUUUGUUGGCUUCAUUCUCUUGAGGCCUUGUUCGGUUCCUUCAGAUUUGAAGGGGUUUGGAGGGGAUUGAGAGGGAUUAAAUCCCCCACAAGUCAAAAUCCACCUCAAUCCCCUCCAAUCCUCUCCAAUCCCCUUGUGGGAGGGAUUAACCGAACAAGCAAUGAGUGAGUUUGACCUUCGGUACUCGCCAGUUGCUACCAUGUUAGUUUGCUGCCCUUGUGAUGUCGCGUUCUACAGUGAUGUCGGGAUGCUGCUGGGUUAGGCUAGCUAGAUCAAUGAACAUGUUUCUGUCUGUGAAUCUGUGACUGUGAUGCGGUGAUGCUACUGGGUUCUUUCUGCUAUUGUUCUAGUUGUAUUCUGGAUGAUACUAAAUGCUCUAGUUCUGUUA